AUACAUCAAUGGCGGGCUCUCUUUUCACUCUUUUCGCUCUUGCUCUUUUCUUCUUGAUUGCAGCACAGCAGUCCCAAGCUCAAGAAGAGUAUCUAAAACGAGUUUGCGAUGGCUGCACUACGACAAAAAACAAGCUCCUUUGCACGCUCUGUGACACUGCACAGAAGCAAGCCGCAGCAAAACCUCCAACCAUGGUGACAGAGAUCCCUCAAGAGGAAGCCAAGAAGGAGGCCCUGGGCAUCGCCCAAGCCGCCAAGCCAAUCCACUACACAAGUGCCAAGGUCGAAAAGAAGGACUGCGCGGAGAAAUGCCCCAAAGGAAGCAUUACAUACUACCUCGACGAGUGCACCGAGUGUAGGACGGAAGUCACCACCCUUCCAGUCUAUCCCGAUGGAAUGGACAUCUCCAAGAGCUACUUUUGCACCAAACUUUGUGCCAGCAACUUCUUCAAGGGAUCCAAGAUGUGUAAGUUCUGCUGGGCAACAUCGCCAUCGCCAUCUCCAUUGCCUUCUCCGGCCCCGGCGCCGACGCGAAUGCCAAAGAAGAAGAACCCGCCUAAACACCACUGAGUGUUUUUAGAUCCAGCGUAGUUUAGUCGAGGAAAUAAGGAAAAGCACGGACCUGUGU